UCCACCCCGCUGCGAGGGCUUACCCCUGAGAAAGAGAGCUCAUCGGUGGUCUUAGCCCACCAAGGAAAGUAGCUAAACUGCCCUAGCACAAGUCAGUUUACUAUAGCGCUACAUUUUGGCACCUGGUACGUGGGGCUCUUAAAGGGUUUAACUGUAACAUCGCACGCGGCCUAGUGUGACAGGCACUGCGUGUGCGGACUCAGUAGAAAAAAAGACACCUAGGCGGGGAAAGUCUGUAGUUCUUAUUCCCCGAGCGGUGUGCCUACUGAUUAUAUUGUGAGCGUGUAUCCCUCACACAUUUCGGUCACAGCAAAAGCAUAAUGGCUCCCCUGUCUGAAGCUGCCUUGUGGGACUGGUCCUUAGAAAUGGGAGCGGAUCCUGACUACACGUUUGUAGUGGAUAAUGUCCCAGAAGGGUGCCCCAUAGAUGUUGUGAAUCACUCCUUAAGGGGCAACUCCAUAUUUAAUGCUUUUGAGUAUGUUGCGCAAGAACCCUCCGAUGAGAAAGGUUUUGUUCGGGUCUUGUAUUGGGUCCCUGCCGUACCUAGCAGUGAUACAUGGCCUUCCAAGGUGUACCCUAUGGGAGUCUCUGCAGAGGGGUGUCUGUGCCGGUAUCAGACCCUGCCUGAGUCUGCCAAGCCUAUGAGCAGUCCCCCUCCUCUGUCAUUGCUUAAUUUGACUUCUGAGUGUGAGGAUCCGACGAUAGAUGAAUCUUACUAUAGCUCCAGCCUAUGGGAAGAGAAAAAGGGCUGUAGUAUCAAGGAUUCAGAGUACGCUGAAAUUAAAAUGUCUACCCCUGGGCUAAAUCCAUUCCUAGCUGCUAAUGCCAUAGACUUUAAUGAUUUUAUGCUAGCUGAGGAACCUGUUUGUUUGGCCUUGGGAACAGAACCAUUGGUGGACAGUUGCCCUACGACACCACCACCUUCACCGCCACCUAUACCACCUCGUGUAGGAAAAGUUGCUGUGAAGGAAUUUUGUGUUGCGCAACCUCCAGAGCCAACGCUCUACCCUGCAUGAGUUAAGAAGGGAAACGCGCGAAAAAGUAGAAAAGGGCGUACCAGAUUAUCCCAAGGGGGUGUUGUUACCCGAGCCAUGGCGCGACGUCCCACCCUGGAGGAUAGUACCGCUGCCAUAUCGAGUUUGGUUUCCAUGCUGUUGGACUCGGCUGAGUCAGAUAGGUGUGUUGACGAACCUAUUGCUGAGUGUGUUGCCGAACCGCUUGUUGAGCCUGCGGCUGAACCUGCUAUUGAACCGGAGGUUCCGGAGCCUACCAUGGAGCCUCUGCCCUGUGCCACUACCUGGGUGGAGCCCGAGCGGCAGUAUGUAUACCAGGGUACCUUUACCCCGAGCGAAAGGGGAAUGAUGAUUCUGGCCUGUGGCGUGUGUGAUAUGGAAGCGCCCAACGCCUUGGAGGACCCGGAUGGCGUGUGUUUGCAAUGCGAGACCCGCUUAUGGAUGGGACCAUUCAACCGGGCUGAUCAACCUCCAUUGGUGGAGAAGACACGGGAUGAGUCACCCAGUGAGUCUUCACUCAAUUCAGAUUGUGCCUCCCCAACCGAAGUGGUUCCGCUUGAGGGAGAUGUGCCCGUGACCGCGGCUGCGGUCAGUGAAACAACCCCGUCCGGCUGGACGGCAGAUGUGUACUCCACUACCCCUUCGUUGAAGCCUGAGGGCUUGUGUGAUGUUUUGACGGCCGUGAUGCCUACACCUUUGGUUGUGUCUACUACAGUGUUGGAUGCACCAGGGGGAGAAGUGUGUACCCCUUCUGCUAUAGGGGCCCCCGUUUGUUGUGUGCCUACACCAGAACCGCUACCAGAGGACUGUCUGGAAAGGGCGUGGCACGCGCCUGAAGUUGAUGUGGCCUGCAGGCCUGAUGCUGUUUCUAUAUCCUCGGAGGAGGAAUACUUUCAGCAUGCUUCUAAUUCUGGAACAGAGAACCCGCUGGUUGAAUCUGAAGUUUCCAAAACUCCUAUGGUUGUUCCAGGAGCUGCCGCUCCUCAUGUGAGGUCUAAUUCUUCUGAGUCAAAGUUUUCAUCCCACAAAGUGUUGCUCAGUGAUUCGAAGCCUUGUGGGGAUUUGACUGUCACCAUCUAUACAGCCCUUGCUGUUCCUACUCCAACUCCAGUCAUAGGCCAUGAUGUGGACUGGAGAAAGUUUUCUUUUAACCGAUUGGGGCCGAUUGCACCCAUAGCACCCUCCAUUCGAGACCCUCCAAUAUUGGAGGAUGAUGAGGAUCUGCUGGAUAAGUUGAUGUCAUCCAGUGUGAAUAGUGCUGAUGAAUCCAUACUGGAAGUUCCUGCACAGAUUCGGUGCCAAAGUAAAAGGUCUGUGGUGAGUGAGCCGACCAAACCUGUCUGCCCCAAAGUGAUUGUGCCUCAAACUCCUAGUGAGCCUGGAGAGAGCACUCAAGUGGCUGAAUUGUACCACUAUGAGUGGGGAAAGAUAUCCCUGGAGAGGGAAAAGAAUUUGCUUGCUGCUAUUCCCAAGCCUAAGGAAGAUAAUCCCUUAGGACCAGUUCCAGGAUGGGAAGAAUAUGAGGAGACUCCAGAAGCUGAGCAUGGUCCAGGCCCCCCUACCGAAGUGCCUCGCAGCUUUAUCGCUCCUCCUAUCAUAGGCCCCGAGGAGGAAAAAGAUUUCUGGGUGCUGCCAGGACGGGCAGAUAGUUUUCACCUCUGUGUCCAGAGUACAGAGAGUGAUAAAUUUCCAUGUGCACCGGACAUGGGGUUACUUUAUGCCCUAUGCUCCUCUGUGGGUGUACGAAAAGGUGGCUGCAUCUUACGAGAACUGGCUGAUCGACGAAGAAAGGAGAAGAUGCACCACAGUUGCCUCACAAACCCCGACAAGGUGAGGCAUGAGCAAGAUUGGCAAUAUCUGCGCUCCAUCGAGAAAGAGUGGUGGUAUGGUCGCACCAUUCUCCAGAAUGCAGUGAAGAGCUGUGGGAAGUACAACCCUACCAAGUACUUUAAUUUGGAAGUUAAUUUGGGAGAUGGACAAUGGGUGGACAAACCCCAUCCCAAGUACUACAUUCCCUAUGAAGACACCAAGGCCAGGUUUCUUCACAUGAUUUGAGUCUACUGGUGGGUGGUGGUUUGUUUUUCCACUGAUGAUGCUCCAUUGGGAGUGUGUCCCGGUUACAUUUUUCCUGUCCCUCCAAAGUGAUUGAACUUUCUUCAGGGAAGGAUUUUUCUUCUUUUACUCCUCUUGGAGUUAGGUCCAAGGACUGUUUAGUUAACACCUGCCAAUUUUUCCUUUUACCCUCCUAAGUGCAUUUGAAAAAGGACUGUGGGUUCGACUAUUUGAUGGACUAGAAUACUGAUGUGUUUGAAAUGCAGUAUCUCUGACUUGUACCUUCUUUUGCAGGUGUUUACUGAUAAAGUUUACCUGCCCAUGAAUGAAACUGUUGCUAUUGAUAUGUUUCUUUCCAGCUAUGCCAUUGUACCUGGGUUACUCAGGAGAGUUACCCCGAAGAGGU